AACGGGAGAUAAAGUGGUAAUCUUUUUAUAAAAAAAAUAAAUCAAAACCCAAAAAAUCAUUUUCAUUUUCCAAUCUCCAGCCAUUGUUGAAGAAAUGGAGAAAACAAAGGGAGAGAUUCCAGGAACAAGGCAGACGAAUUUGAAGACUGCAUUUGAGCUUGGAAUUCAUACCUUGUUAACUUCCUGUUCUAAAGAGGCAUUUUGUAAAGCUUUCCCUAAUUUUGCUCCAGCAGAACUUGAACGCCUUCAUCGGUUGUUCAUUCAGGUGAUUACUUCUUUGCAUGAGGAUAUAGAGGAUGAAUUCGAGUCUUUAUGCGUGGAGACACAGGCAGGACCAACUCUCAACAUGGUUGAGCAGCUUGUGGAAGAACAAAACUUGGACCCUUUGUUUCCAGAGAAGAGCAAUGUUGAAGAAGUCAGGCACUACCUAUCAGAAGCAAAACAUAAUGAGAUCAGCUACUUGACGACUAUGUUGGAAACGGCAGAAGAACAGAAGUGUGCCAUCACUUCUCGUCUUGAAGUCCUGAAGAAAGAAAGGCAUGAUUUCUCUGCUGCUGCUGCUGCAGACAUUGUUAAUAAGGUGCUAUAAAGCCUCUUACUAACUAUUUCUUUUGUGUAAUGAUACGAACUGGCAAUCAGAAAUACAAUACUAGCAACAAUAUUGGCUUCCAGAAUUGAUACUGGCCUCGGCUAAUGCAUCCUAUCCGCCUCAGUCCUCUGCCUAUUCGAGAACAUGGAUUAAACUAGAGACUAUCAGAACUUCCAUUUCAGGGUGCCUGUGAAAUCUGAAGUAAACUUAGUAGCAUUGCUUUCAAUUUCAAGCAAGUAAACAAGGCUUGUUUAUUUCUUGUUCACUAAAAUGCUAGUAUAUGACAUUGUAUGUGAUAUUAAUUAAGCAUUAGAAUAAGUGAAAGGACUAAUGGUUUCAUCUCUUUCAUACGUAGCAAUGUGGAAUAAAUAGAAUGACAAUUUUUUUAUAUUACUCUUUGAAUAUAAUAAAUUUAAUAUUAUUUAAAUUGAACAA